GUAGAUAUGCCGCCGGCCCAAAUACAAAUACGGAAUUGUGCGAAGACCAGAGGCCAUAGUUGCCGCCGGAAAAGAAAAUGACCGUUGAGUAGAGCUGAGCUCCAGCUAACCAUGGUACUGUAACAAUGAGAAGUAGAAACCCUAGAAAUUCUAUUUUACUUCUCUGCCAUGGUGGAGUUCCCCAAGUAUCUCUCUCCAAAGAAACUUCUGAAUCUACUCAAAGCCGAAAAGAACCCUCACACCGCACUCGCACUCUUCUACUCAGCGAGUCGCGACCCGAGUUUUGCACAUUCCUCCACCAUCUUCCACCACAUCCUCCGCCGAUUGGUCGACCCGAAGCUCGUCAGUCACGUGGGCCGGGUCGUCGAACUGAUUAAGACCCAAAAAUGUGAGUGCCCUGAGGAUGUUGCAUUGACAGUGAUCAAGGCCUACGCGAAAAGCUCCAUGCCUGAUCAAGCACUGGAUGUGUUUCAGCGAAUGGAUGAGAUAUUUGGGUGUCAACCCGAAAUAAGGUCGUAUAACUCUUUGCUUAAUGCUUUCGUCGAAUCAAACGAUUGGGAUCAAGCCGAGUCGUUUUUUUCGUCCUUUGAGACAAAUGGGGUAACUCCUGAUUUACAAACUUAUAAUAUUUUGGUAAAAAUUUCGUGCAAGAAACGUCAGUUUGAGAAGGCAAAGAUGUUGUUGAAUUGGUUGUGGGAUAAUGGUUUCAAACCCGAUGUGUUCAGCUAUGGUACUUUGAUCAAUGCGCUUGCGAAGAGUGGGAACUUGCAAGAUGCUUUGGAUGUGUUUGAUGAAAUGUCUCAAAGAGGGGUUGACCCUGAUGUUAUGUGUUAUAAUAUUUUGAUUCAUGGGUUGUUUAGAAAAGGUGAUUCUGAGAAGGCUAAUGAGAUUUGGGAGAGGUUGUUGGAAGAGUCCACAGUAUAUCCAAAUGCCGUGACUUAUAAUGUCAUGAUUAAUGGUUUGUGCAAAUGUGGGAAGUUCAAUGAGAGUUUCGAAAUAUGGAAUAGGAUGAAGGAGAACGAGAGAGAGCAGGACUUGUUUACUUACAGCUCAAUGAUUCAUGGUUUGUGCGAAGCUCAAAAUGUAAAUGGUGCUGAGAAAGUUUACAAAGAGAUGGUUGAGAGUGGUGUGUUGCCUGAUGUUAUUACCAAUAAUGCAAUGCUUAACGGGCUUUGUCAAGCGGGAAAGAUUAAAGAGUGCUUCGAGUUGUGGGAGGUUAUGGGUAGAAGUGGUUGUCGUAAUGUUGUGAGUUAUAACAUAUUACUCAAAGGAUUGUUUGAGAAUGGAAAGCUGGAAGAAGCUAUUUUUAUUUGGGAACAUUUGCUUGAGAAGGGUCGUGUCCCAGAUUCCACAACUUAUGGUGUAUUAGUUCAUGGAUUAUGUAGUAAUGGGUACUUGGAUAAGGCUUUAUGUAUAUUGAAAGAGGCAGAAAACAGGGGAGGUGAUCUGGACAUGUUUGCAUAUUCCUCAUUGAUUAACGGGCUGUGCAAACAAAGAAGAUUAGAUGAAGCGGCCAUAGUUGUUGAUCAAAUAGGUCAACGUGGCUAUAAAGUGAAUUCUUAUGUUUGUAAUUCAUUGAUUGGUGGAUUUGUCCGAGCUUCCAAACUCGAAGCAGCAAUUAGCUUUUUCCGGGAAAUGAGCAACAAGGGAUACUCUCCUACAGUUGUCUCGUAUAAUAUUCUCAUAAAUGGUUUGUGCAAAGCAGAAAGAUUUAGUGAUGCAUAUAAUUUCGUUAAGGAAAUGCUUGGAAAGGGAUGGGAACCAGAUAUGGUCACGUAUAGCUUGUUGAUGGAUGGCCUUUGUCAGGGCAAAAAAAUCGAGAUGGCUCUCAACUUGUGGCAGCAAGUUCGUGACAAAGGUUUGAAGCCUGAUGUGACUAUGCACAACAUUAUAAUUCACGGUCUUUGCUCUGCAGGCAAGGUGGAAAAUGCUUUGGAACUCUAUUUUCAGAUGAGGCAGGGUGACUGCAUUCCAAAUCUUGUGACGCACAACACCCUCAUGGAGGGAUUUUUCAAAGCCAGAGACUGUAAUAAGGCAUCAGGGAUAUGGGCCCGCAUUUUAAAACAUGGGCUGCAGCCAGAUAUCAUAUCAUAUAAUAUUACUUUCAAGGGGCUUUGCUCUUGCAAUAGACUAUCAGAUGCUAUUAUAUAUUUGGAGGACGCUUUGAGUCAUGGAACUCUUCCUACUGCCAUAACAUGGAACAUUCUUGUCAGAGCGGUACUCAACAGUGGGAAUAUGACUUAAUCCUGGCACUAUCAUCGAUCCUCUGUUGUUUUGAAUGCAUUCAUUCAGAAAAGCUGACGCAGGUGUUAUAGGUCUAAUUUAUUAUUUUCAUUCAUAUCUUACAUUUGUAAAUUUAAACAUAUUUUAUAUAGGAGUGGAGUGAAGCCAAAAUUUCAUUUCCAGUUUGAAUUAGAGACGUUACAGUAAAACUGGCCGUGUGUUCUGUUGAACAUCAUCACCUGCAGUUGUUGCUUUAGCUUUGUACGAUGAUAAAAAUUGGCCAGCAAUUGUAUACAUCUUCUUAGCUUCUGUCAAUAGUUUUGAUGCUGGGAGAACAGUUGCAUAUUGUUACAAGUAAUUUCUAAGAGCAAAGAUGAUAAGAACUUCAUGUUGUCUUCUCAUAAUCAAUAAAGAUUGGAUCCUUGUUCUUUCUAAGCAAUUACAUGAAGCAAUAUUGGGUUGAACAUUUUGUCUUCCAGAAUCCAGACUAUCAACCUGAGAAAAAAACCCCUGAUCGGGUAACCUGAAUACCAAUUUCGAAUUAUUACUGGCUAAGUAAUUCAAUUCUGGGCCAAGUACAUUUUUGUGGAGCACUCCUGGAAAACCUGCAGUUGAAAUCUGUAGUUUGGGACCUUGUUCUUUCUAAACAAAUACAUGAAGUAAUAUAGGGUGGAACAGCUUGUCCUCCAGAAUCCAAAAUUCCAACCUGGAAAAAAAAACAUUGUUGGGUAACCUGAAUACCAAUUUCGAAUUAUUAAUGGUCAAGUAAUUUCAAUUCUGGGCCAUUUACAUUUCUGUGGAGCACGCCUGGAAAACCUACCAAAAGGAUUGUUUGGCAGUUGAAAACUUUAGAUAUUUGUGGGUCAUAUGACCAAAAGCAAAACUAUUGGCUGUGCCUUUUCUGCUAAAAAGCCAAUGCAAUGGUGAGAUAAUUUAAUGGUGUAUUUUUAUUUAUUUAUUUGGUUUUUGCUUUUUCUUGCCUCAUUCUAAUAACAUUCUAAAUGUACUAUUCUUUUGAUUUUAGUCCUGUCAGGCAGAUUUGUUUCAUAGAUUAUGCUUUUUAAAUUUAAAGAAUCUAAUGAUGUAUCUGCAUCUAUCAACAGCUAUAUUAAUCUGCUAACAGUUAUAUAUCACGAUCCACUGAUCCAGAAAUUUGUACAAGCAUCGGAUGGCAACUAAUUUUAAUGGUUUUGGUGAUUUCAGUCAUAUCACCAUGAUCAGCUAUUAUGAUGAUGCAAAAGCAAAAUAGCUUGAUAUAUCAGGCCUAAGUGAUGAGUUUUUUACUUAGGUUUAUUAGUCAUGCUAUAUUCU